AUGCCGAUGCUGGAGGAGCAGGAAACGGACGGCAUCAACGCUUUCCAUGGAUUGAGAGUAAAGCUGGUGGAAGUGAAGGAGAACGAGCCGCCAAAGCGCCAAAUCUCCCUUUCUACGGCAACGGAGUGGCUGAAGAAGAUGGGAUGCGAAUACCACGACGGCAAAAAGGGGCUGUACUUCGAUGGCCACGACGACAAGAAGACCCUUGAAUACCGGCACGACAAGUUCCUCCCGGCGCUGUUCGACACCCGCGACUACAUGGAGGUAUGGAUUCCGAUGGGCAAGGAUGAAGCGAUCGUCUGGGGUGUUGACGUCGAGACGGUGGAGGAGACCGAGCGCUUGCCGGAUGGUGGUGUCUGGGUUUGUGUCGAUGAUCUCGAGUCUGCGCUGGCAGACUUGCUCGAAGACCUGCAAGCCAGAGUGCAGAGCAAGAAAACCUACUCUGACGGGAGGCGGGCCAUGCUUCUCUACCAGGAUGAGAGCAUAUUUCGAGCCAACGACGACCAGAGGCGCGCGUGGUAUCGGGACGGCCAGCAUGUGCCCGUGAAGAAGUCACAAGGCCAGGGGAUCAUGGUGUCGGGGACGAUAAUCCACAACGUUGGCUUCUUCUCGGCGUCGCGGGCACAGAUCCAGGACGCGGAGCGCAACCGCAGGAAACGAUGCGCCGCCUCAGCUGCCGCGAAGCGACGGGGGGAAAACGUGAAGGUGGAGAAGUUCCGCCCCAUCGACAUGCUUCAUGAAGACGAGCAUGGACAGUACUGGUCCUACCACCUCUUCGAGUACGGCAAGAACAAGGAGGGAUACUGGACCGGGCUCAGGAUGCUGGACCACAUGUCAGACGUGCUCGACAUGUUCACAGUUCUCUACCCUGAGCACAAGCCUGUAGGCCUGUUCGACUGGUCGUCCUGUCAUGACUGCAUGGAGGUCGGCGCACCGUCGGUGAAGAGAAUGAACUUGGGUGUCGGUGGUGUGAGGAACGGAGAAGAGCUUGCGCCGAUGGACCCCGUGACCAUCCUCGAAGAUACCCCGAACCUCCCAGCCGGCACGGUACAGCACUUGGUGUUUCGGAGGGGGGACGAUCCCCCCUUCCACUCCCCGCAUCUCAAGCCGGCGCAAUAUGUCGGAAAGUUGAAAGGAAUGCGGCAGAUUUUGUGGGAGAGGGGGCUCCUGGUCAAAGGCAUGAGUAAGACGGGGGGCUCGGGCGAAAAGCAGGACCUCAGCAAGAGCAUGGAGCACGUUUUGGGAGAGCAGAAGGACUUCAAGGAAGUUGAUUCUAGUCUGGUGCUGUUGAUGCAGCGCCACGGGGGGGCCUGUCUCAUGCUUCCUAAGUACCACUGCGAGUGUAACCCCAUCGAGCUUGUUUGGGGCCGAGCGAAGGACUGGACUCGAAAGAACUGCAAAUAUUCGUUGAAAUGCUUGCGCAAGAACGUGCCGCUGAGUUUUAGACCAGAGGAGGAUAGACAGGCUGUUUCGGUAGUCCAGGGCUACUGCAAGAAGGCGUACACACACGCCCUCAUGUACCGCGAGACGCGUGUGCAAGGGCCUGAGGGCAAGAAGACGUACAAGAAGUACAAGUCGCACAGGCGCCCGACCCCGAAGGAAUGGAGGCCGUAGAGUCGAUGGCGCAUUCUUGUUCAUUGAGCUGUAUUUGUUCAGUUUUUUUCCGUGUUUCUGGUGGGAAUGUUGUACAAAAAUGGAACAUUUUUGUUGAAAACGGCCAAUUUUUGUGAUGUGUGUACGCUGUAGGUGCGGUAGAGGCAUUUGCAUAGUGUUUGAGGGCGUUCCUGUGCACGUGUGGGUGGUUUGGUGCGAAAAAAAAAAAAGGAUUAGCAACAUAUAUGGGGGAAAAGUUGCUCUAUGGCCAAUUUCGUGGGUUCGAGACCCGCCCCGAGCAUCUUUUUUUCUUUUUUUUCUCUUUU